ACAAGCAGCGCAUGACACAUCUGCACAGCGUUUGGCUCGAUGUUUGUUCUGUUCUCCAGACUGCAAACAGCCUUAAAACGAGCUCUGGUGAGUCAGUUCAUUUCAAACAGAGUCUCCAGCUGCUGAUACAGUAACGAUGGUUUGUGAAUCUCUGCGGGACAAAAAGCUUCAAUCUGCUAAGCGCGUAGCAACAGUAACUAAGGGGAGCUUAACGUGCUUCGCGCGAGAACACGGAGCUCCACGAGGUCCCGCAGCGCUCCUGAAUCUGAAGAGCUCCGUCAGUCCCACAGGAGACCUGCUGGAUCUCAGAGACCAGGACCGAGAGCGGGAUGGAGGAGGACAACCAGGACCCGGAGCCCCGGAGCAACAACGUCCCCGGAGGACAAACAGCAGGCUCGAGCUCUGAUAGCACCGAUGUUCAGAAACUGAGAGGAAGAGAGGGACUCGAACGUCACCGCUGUCAGCACUGUAACAAAUCCUUCACAAGAUCUGGAUCUUUAAAGAUUCAUCAGAGGCUUCACACUGGAGAGAAACCGUACAGCUGUGACCAGUGUGAGAAAGCUUUUACCACAUCAGACAAACUAAAAGUCCACCGACGCGCUCACACUGGAGAGAAACCGUACAGCUGUGACCAAUGUGAGAAAGCUUUCACUAGCGCAGGUAACCUAAAAGUCCACCAACGUGUUCACACUGGGGAGAAACCUUACUGGUGUGACCAAUGUGGGAAAGCUUUCACUACAUCAAGUAUAUUAAAAGAACAUCAACGGAUUCACACUGGCGAGAAACCGUACAGCUGUGACCAAUGUGGGAAAGCUUUCAUUAGCUCAGGUGGACUAAAAGUCCACCAACGUGUUCAUGCUGGGGUGAAACCCUAUUGGUGUUCCCAAUGUGGGAAAGCUUUUACUACGUCUGGUGUACUAAAAGAGCAUCAACGUAUUCACAGUGGAGAGAAACCAUACAGCUGUGACCAAUGUGCGAAAGCUUUUAUUAGCGCUGGUAUACUUAAAGUACACCAGCGUGUUCACACUGGUGUGAAACCCUAUUGGUGUGACCAAUGUGGGAAAACUUUCACUACAUCAAGUGUACUGAAAGAACAUCAACGUAUUCAUACUGGAGAGAAACCGUACAGCUGUGACCAGUGUGGGAACGCUUUCGUUAGCUCAGGAAGACUAAAAGUCCACCAACGUCUUCACGCUGGAGUGAAACCUUACUGGUGUGACCAAUGUGGGAAAGCUUUCAUUAGCUCAGGUGACCUUAAAAUGCACGAACGUGUUCACACUGGAGAGAAACCUUACAGCUGUGACCAAUGUGGGAAAGCUUUCAUUAGUUCAGGAGACCUUAAAAUCCACCAACGUGUUCACACUGGAGAGAAACCUUACUGUUGUGACCAAUGUGGAAAAGCUUUUUCUCAGCGUAGCAACCUUAAACGCCACAAAGGCAGUCACGCUGCUUCCUUUAGAAAAUUUUUCAGAGGCAGGCCAGCGGUUCCCUCCUGCCUCCUCCUCAUUCCUUGAUAGAUAUAUUUUUAUAUUCUGAGCUUUAGUAACGAUAACGUAAUAUUCUUUGUUAUUGUGUCUAUAAUUACAUCCUAUCUUGCUCUUCCUCCCCCAAAAUCCUGCCGUUGUCACACA